UUCACAAAGUAGCCAAAUUGUUUCAACCGCUCUUUUCCUUUUCAUUGAGAGAAUUCACGUUGGAAUCGAUUGAUUAACAUUGAUCAUUGACGUUGAUAUAGCUCUCAAUGACAUAAUCCCAUUGUUUCGCUUCCCGACGCCUUUCGCUAUCCUCAAAUACUUCUUGCCGCAUGGUCCGCCUUGAAGUCUUGUUGCUUGCUUCAUCCUUGUGACACGGAAAGCUGCGACAUUCCGUCCAUUACCUUCUGCAAUACCUCUCACCUCGACUGUGAUCUUAGAAGAUGGAUAGCACCGGCAAUUCACAGCAGCCGCAACCGCAAGCUCAACCACAGAACCCUCCACUAAUCCGUGUCGAACAAGUUCGCAAUUUACAUCAUAUCACCGACCAACAGAAGGCCCAAUAUGCGACUGGAAUAAAGAAGCUUUGGGAUGUCAUUCAAUCCCGCCCAUCGGAUAGUCCAGAAUAUCAACAAGCUCAUAAUAAGCUGGCCGAGGUUUCGCAAAGCAUAUGGACCAGUCUAAAGCGGUUCCAACAGCGCGCUCAGCAGCAAGCGGCACAGGCGCCGGCACAGGCGCAGACGCAGACGCAGACACAAGCACAGCAGACUGGGAUCAAUCAAGCUCAGCAACAAGCGCCACCGCCACGACCAGCAACCCAACCCCCAGUUUCUCAGGCCCCACCGGCUCAACCAAUGAAUCCCUCAAUGCAGUCACUCCAGCAGCUCGCUCCACAAAUUCUCCAGAUUGUUGCAGCGUUUCCAUUCACUCUUCCUCCAUCAUUGUCAGAAAGCAGUCCGGAGGGAGAGAAGUGGCUGGGCGAGGCGAAGCUCCGCUACGGCCAAGCCUUGCAGAACUCCGAGACCGCUACGUCCAGUUUGCGACGCUUAACGCAGAUGGUUCAACAACGACAGACCGCUGGACAGGUUUUGAGUCAGGACGAUCAAGCAAAAGUCAAUCAAACCCGAGCAAGGUGGCAAAAACAGUAUGCCGACAGUCUAAGGUUCCUUGAAUCUUUUCGGAAACAGCAGGCAGAUUUCAAGAACGAUCGAGCACGACAAGCAGAAGGCCCACGUGCGCCAGCACCACAAGCGCAAGAUAUAAAGGGUGUCCCUAUUCAACCCACAGCUGCUCCACUAAAUCCAAUGGCUCAAGUGCCUCCCAACCAAGCUACGGCCGCCCCAAACGCUGCACUUGACGCGGCGCGCGCUCAAGCAGCGGCAGCAGUAAGAGCGUCAAUGAGUCCUUCCAGCGUCUCACAGCCGCAGCCGGGACAACCCAUGGCCGCACCGGCCGCACCUGCUCCCCAGAAUCCCAUGAUGGCUGCUCAGCCCAACCCAGCGAUGCCCCAGCAAUCUCCAGUUCAGCAUCAGCCGCCCAUGGGCUUUGCUACCCCAAAUGCCCCUCAGCCACCUCCAGCACAAGCUGUUGCUCAACUUCCCCACACUGCAUCUCAGCACAACUCGCCUGUACCUACGGGACCAACGCCUGUACCUACUGGUCCCCCUCGUCCACUCUCACACCAAGCUGCCAUGGCUCAAGCUGCUCGUUCAUAUUCCAGCGCUCUUCCCCAGGGUACACCGCAAUCGGCCGGUAUUCAUGCGCCUCCUCCGCUUACCAGUCGUGAUUCUAUCAGCAACAACACAAAGUGGCCGAUUCCCAAGACUCUAAACGUUCCGUCUCCUCAACCUGUCGCUAUGGCUUCAGCGCGCCCGACUCUAUCUGGUGGUCCCAGCAACAGUGCCAUGGGCGUUAUCGGCCAGCCCGCCCUUCCGAAGUUGCCCCACUUUGAACUCGAAGGAGAGGGUGAUAGGGUGCUCAGUAAGAAGAAACUAGAUGAGCUUGUUCGACAAGUGACGGGCGGAGUGGAGGGCCAUGGCGGAGAAAGUCUGGCUCCCGGUGUUGAAGAGGCAAUCCUACAAGUCGCCGAUGACUUUGUCGAUCAAGUGAUCACCAGCGCGUGCCGUUUAGCUAAAUUACGACAGUCGUCUACUCUGGAGAUUCGCGACAUCCAACUAAUUUUGGAGAGGAACUACAACAUCCGCGUACCAGGCUAUGCUUCAGAUGAGAUCCGAACGGUUCGCAAAUUCCAGCCUGCGUCAGGAUGGACGCAAAAGAUGAAUGCAGUCCAAGCUGCAAAGGUCAUGGGGGGAAAGACCGACCUUUAGCUUCCCUGCUUGGCACACAUCACGCACAAUUCGCUAAAGGGGUUGAUUUCUCUCACCGCUAGCAGCUCUCUUCACAUUUUGUAUUCCAAGAGCUCGGCCUAGAGCGUUUAUUUCUCUCAAUGAUUUCCUUCACAGGUUGACCUUACAUAAAGUGGUGCAGCAAAAGUUUGUAACCCUUUUGAAACUCUGGUCCUUCAAAACAGUUUCGGCAAUACUCGUUGCUUUUCGCAAUCUUUGAUAACGGGUUCAAGGCCACAGAUUGGCACGGACAUGGGUUUAUGGCGGCACGGUGGCUGUUUGGUGAAUCGGAGUUGGUAUAAUUUGCUGGUCAAUCGGUCAUUUGCUCAUGGCUUUUUUUACACACGAGAUUGCAUCUUUGAAUCUAUGGGCU